CCCUGUCUGUACUUCCUUACCCCAGCAUGGGUUUGGUGCCGCCCUGACAUUACUCUGCUGAUACCCUGAGAACAGGCUGUCACUUCUGUGGAAAUAAUGAUAUAUAUAAAAGGUGUAUAUUAGUUCAAGAAUGGGGGAAAGGGAAGAAUAAAAUUUUUAAAGUUUUCUAAAUACAUUCUCUUAUUGCUGCCACUAUCUUCUUCCCUCCCUUCAGUUCCCAUGCCUGCACAUGAAUCAGCUUUCAGUCACCUUUAGGAAUUUCUCACUGGUUUUUUUUUUUUUUUUAAAUUUGUUGUUAGUUAGGAAUGUUUUCCUUUCUGUUUUGUAGUUUCUCCUGAGUUGAUUUUGGGAUUCACCGUCCUCAUGGCAACUGAUAAUCCUGCUGUCAUUUUUAAUCUGAAAUCUUAAUGUUUUAUUCACAGGGAGGAAUAAAAUUUUUUCAUCUAUAAUUCAGAAGCUAAGUAAAUAAAAAACAAUGAAGCCAGUAAAGCAGCUGUUGGCCUCUAGUAGUAAAUUGGCAAAUGUUCCAGCAUUAACUUACAAAAGAGGACUACUUAAUUCACCAUUGUCACCUAAAUUUAAAGAAAAACAUAGUGCAAAAUUAGACCGUGAUAAACUUGAACCAAUGGUCUUAAGAUCUCCACCAACAGGAGAAUCCAUGAUAAGGUAUGCUUUGCCCAUUCCAUCAAGGAAGACAAAGGAGCUAAUAGCAGAAGAUGAAUCGAUCAGGAAUAUUAGUGAACGUCUGAGGAGGAUUGUUUCUACUUUCGAAGAAACCUAUGGAUUUAAUGUUCAAAAUGGAAAAGAACAAGUUGUAAAGCCUGAAGAUGAAGGAUUAACUUCAUCUGUUGGGGAUGAUCUGAAUUCAUUCUUGACAAAUUGUUCAGAAUUUGCAACUCAGUUAGAAGAAGCAGCUGACGAAAAAUGUAAUAUUUUGGAAUCUCUUUUUAAGUGGUUUCAACGACAGGUCAAUCAGAUGGAAGAGAUAAGUAAAGGUCAAACUUUUUCAAGAGCGGAAUUUUCAGUACCCGAUGAAACAGUCAGUUUAAGCAUUGCACGACUAGCAAAGCAGCUACAGAUACUUGAAGAGCUGAGAAAUCGCCUUAAAGGAAAGUGUAAAUACUCCUUCAAGGAAGCGUCCAAACCUAAUUUCUCAAUACACUUGAUUUAUUUGGCACCUUUGAUACAUGCUGCACAUUUCUGCUAUCUGCUCUUUUAUCUACUUCUCAUGUACAGCAAUCAGUUAUAUCAGCAUUUGGGUGUAACUUCAGCCAUUUGUGAUACCUUUAAAUGUUUUCCUUUUUUUUUAACAGUAGAAACUGGUAAUUCAGUGAUUAAUCGGCUUAAUGCCAUGUUGAGAGUAUUUGGAAGACAGGCAAAUACAUUACAGAGAGCUAUGAAUGAUAAAGCUUUGUUGGAGGCUAAAAACACAGAGAUUCAAAAUGAUCUCCAAGUGUUGUCAGAGGAGAAAUCGCUGUUGGAAAAUGAACUACAGAAGUUGAAGAGUACAAAGAAAACAAAGGUUACAAGUGAUCGAACAAAGAAAACUCUGAAAAUGGAGAAGAAAAAAGAAAAAGAAAAAUCUGAGGAUUUGGAAGAGAAGAAGUCUGUAAUAAGAGAGUCAAAAGUAAAAGAAGAUACGCAUCAAGUUCAGAAAGCAACACUUGCUCUGGAAAUUGAGAACAAAGUCCUCCGGGAACAACUGCAACUAGCUUUACAGGAAUCUGAAAGAGCUAAACAUCAACUUGACUAUUUCCUAAAUAAAGAAAAGGAGUUACUUAAAAGUGAGGGGAAGACCAAGACAGCAACAGAAAUGGGUACUGGUAAAAUAAAAGUUGAACGUGAAGAUUCAAAAUAUACACCAUUGGAGAAAGAAGUGGGAAAAGCACUAGUGGCAGAUUCAGGUGGACAAAAAACAAAUGAUAAAGUAGAACAUCUGCAGAGAAAUUCCCUCAACAUUUGUGGUAAAGCUGGUUUAUUGGUGCUGAAUCCUUUUGGCUUUCGCCUGUCUGUGAAGCUUGUGAUUUCUGCAUCAAAUCCGCAUGAAAGCCUUGCUGGGUAG